AUGGCCGACAUGCAGAUACCAGUUAGCGGUGAACUAUUAAAACCAAGAUGUGAUAUACACUGUAGAGACUUGCUUCCCCUUUACUGUAAGUCCUGUGAUACUCCUCUUUGUAGUGAUUGUGUAACUCUCGGUCAACACAAUGGACAUCAACUGUGUGAAAUCUCCAAAGUGGUUGAACUUCAUCAGCGUGAAUUACAGGAAGUUUUAAGUUUGGACAUCUUGACCUUUGGUAAAACCUUAAACACCGAAAAGACUACUCCGUUUCUGGGGAAAAUCCUUAUUGAAAACGAAGAAAAACAGAAGUGUCUUGCUGUUCACACAGAAAAUCUCAUUCGCAAUAUUAUUAAAAGAGAGGAAGAAAUUCGUGAAAUGGUGAGGCAGUGGAGGGAGAAAACGGUGGGUAAAGUCAUGACCUACACAAACGUUCGUGAGAAUUUUUUGAGGAAAGAACAAUCCUUAAUUCAUGCUUUACUGCACCUUAAAGAAAAAGGCUUCCAGCUCGAUUCCGAAGAAAUGAAAUUGGAGAUCAUGUACUUGAAUUGCGAAACAAGACGUCUUCUGACCAAUAAAGCAAAUUUAUCAGAUAUCGGAGCUUCUUACGAUUUUGAAAAAGGAUCCCUAAAUGAUGAUUCAAAUGAUAUGUUCGGAAACAUUUCAGAGGUUGAAACCUCAUCAGAUUCAAUUUCAUUCAGUCACAAUGAAAAAAAUGAACAGAAAGAAUUUGUAGAAGACGAGGAAGAAUUUCAUGACUGUUUAGAAUUACCAAGGACUUAUCAAGCUGGUAAAGCAUCUAUACAAGGUAUCAUACCCAUAGACAGUAUCAACGUUGUUUUGCAAAGCUCGAAUACGGUCUAUCUUUGUAAUUUCGAGGGAGAAAAAUUUAGUAUGUCUACGAUUUUGGAAUGUGUUCAUCAGAUUGCCCAUAUACCUGCAACUGGAGAUAUACUUGCGAUAAUGGAAGACCAAAAGCAGAUCAGACGAAUUACAUUUAAUAGGAAUGUGAUAACAAAGUUCAUUUAUACCGACCAAACAAAUGAUUAUUUCUGUUGUUUGACGUCAGGAGGGAAAGAAGCUUAUGCUUGUGUAGUUAUAUAUUCAACAACAUCAGCAAGAUAUUCAAAUUCUAGUCAUAUAAAUUUAUUAAAUGAUUACGGUGUGAUUUUGAAGAAGAUCCAAAAGUCUUCCUAUUACUAUACGAGAGCAUUGUACUGGGAAGGAUAUUUUCUUCUCAUUUCAUCCGGUUCUUUCUAUCAGAUUGAAAGGACUGAUUUAAUAAAACAAUGUCCAAUGGGACACUUUUAUAAACAAUAUCGUGGAUCAGUUGGAAGCUACCCGGAAUCACGAUUUUGCCCGACAGACUUGACAAUAGACAGUGAAGACAAUGUAUUAGUGGCUGUCUAUAACGACAAUGCUAUACAUCUACUAGACAAAUCCUUGACUUUCCAGAAACUUCUGAUGACAGAGGAGGAUGGAUUAUGUCAUCCUACUGCUGUUACUAUAGAUACCAGUGGUUACUUGUGGGUGGGAUGUGAAAAUGAACAAAUAUACAGGGUUAAUUAUCAGUAUCUCUUUAGUACAAGUAGACAAGAUAGACUGAAGUUAAUGCAUGUACCAGUCAAUGAAAAAAAGAAAUAUGAAUCUACUGGUCUUUUUUCAUACUUUUCACGCAUACUUCAACAACUACGAUGGAAAUUUAAAUAA